ACAUUCGUCGCUUACGCCAAAGUGACCUCAAGUGAUAGAAAAGUUGUUUUCAUGUUCGGGGGUCAGGGAUUAGAGUGGUAUGCCAUGGGAAGGCAGUUAAUGGAAUAUGAAACUGUUUUCAAAGAAGCUAUUUUAACAGUGGGAAGAUUACUAAAAGAUAUGGGAGAAACGUGGUCACUUGAAGACGAACUGAUGGCGCCAAAAGACGUCUCACAAAUGACAGAGUGCUACAUUGCUCAGACGGCCACCUUUGCUGUCCAGUACGCAACCGCACAGCUUCUUAAGUCCUGGAAAAUUCUUCCGUCUGCUGUUAUAGGUCAAAGUUUUGGAGAGUUGGCAGCUGCCUGUGUUUCUGGAAUCAUAACUGUCAAGGAGGCACUUCAGCUGGUGGUAAUUCGCUCCACUCUUCAUGAUAGCUGCCCAAAGAAUGGAGGAAUGGCUGCCCUGGGCUUGUGUGAGGCAAAAGCCAGGGAUUUACUUUUAAAUCUAAGGUUAAACGCCACCCUUGACAUAGCAGCAGUUAAUGAUGCAGACGGUGUUACUGUAGCGGGUGAUUUGAAAUUCAUCGAAGCUCUGGGGGAACAUCUAUCAGUGAACGCAAGAGAUGUUUACUGGCGCGUUUAUGGAACAAAUCGUGCAUUUCACAGUUCACAGAUGGAACCCAUCAAAAUCCCUUUUCAGGAAGCUUUGAAAAGGGUUCAACUAAAGCCUCAGUUAUCAAAGAUUCCGAUGUAUUCUUGCGUUGAAGGCGAAAUUGUCUCAGGUCAGCAGUUAAACAACGAUUACUGGUGGCGAAAUAUUCGCUGUCCUGUUCGCUUCUAUUCAGCAAUGAAACACCUACUACGGGAUGGUUACAGGCAGAUAAUUGAGAUAAGCAUGCAGCCAUUUCUUUUCCGCCACGUGAACCGGAUAGCUCUUCAGGAAAAUCUAACGGAACGGGAAAGGCCCGUUGUUUUUACAACUCUUCCUCAUAAGACAGUGCCAAUCGAGGACCAACACAAAUAUUUCCUUCAGAACACGGUAUGUAAAUUGUUUACAGUGGGAUUUCCUAUACACUGGAACUCGGUGGAGGGGAACCGAUCAGCGAGGUUCAUCCGGUCCGAAACAUCUCCACGGCUGGAAAGCAGCUCUUGUUACAGGGAACAUCCACCACAACCAAAAGAGCAACCAAUUAGUUCCAGAGAAACCAUUAAGAGGCCAACUCAUCCUUAUCUAUCAAAAGUCAAAACGACCGACUUAUGUUUAAGACUACACUGCUGGGAGACUGAGAAUGAUCUAUUAAACAUUACAUCUCUGAAGAACCACGACCUAAUCGAGGGAGGUGCCGUUAUGUCUGGGGUUGCUUACCGGGAGAUGGCCUUUGCAAUGGUAAAUGACAAAUUUGUUCAUAUCCUUAGCCUGGAUCUGGGUAAUGUGAAGCUUUCAAGUCCUCCCACUCUUCCAAAAACACAGGUUGGAUCCUUAAGUCCCCGCCUUUUAACGACAGGCAGCAGUGAGAAUUGGGGUGAAGUGCGUAACCCUGCUGCUCCGUACGUUCAGCUGAUCGUCAAAGAACAGCGCCAUGGAUCAUAUUUUCUCGGAGAAUAUUCAUAUGGAAGGUUCCAGAGUGUGGAGUAUCCCGUGAUUGACACACUUCCCUGGUCAUCGCGUUCACAGAACAUAACCAUUAGGUUAUUUUCCAUUACGAAAGACGGACGACUGACAUCGCGACACGUUCAGACUCUAAGAGAAGCUCUCCUGAAGAAUCAAACUAUUUUCAAUAAGGAGUACCAAGAAUGGCAGCCUGCUGAGGUUCGACGUCCUCUCUCAUUUCUUAAAUGCCAGAAUAAUAGAUUUUUGCCACGUAAUCCCACAACAUAUGGCAUCGAGGAAGUCUGGAGUCAGUUAGUAGAUAAAGGUAGCACAGUACUCGUUUGUCCUGGUGAUCAUUACUCCCUUAGUGAGUUACCUCGAGCGCAAGUAACAGGCGGUAUCUUAGCAACUGCCCCGGCCAUCAACUGCUGCAUGUUGCUACCAGAAUUGCCCACACUUCCAAGAAUGUUUACCCAAAGACGUGCUGUGGAGAAACUUUCCGGCGGUGUACAUGUAGGCGUGUUCCUUCACUCAAAGAGAGGCAACAAAAUGCCGCGUUACAGAGACCUAUUUUUCCGAGAAGAUUUCCACAAACUUGAGUUGAGAUCAAAACCUGGCGAAAGAGAAGCGAUUCAAAACGAGGAAACUAAAAAAGAUCAUGGAUCUGAAAGGGUAACGAUACUCUUUACUUUAGGUUACGUUGUCAAUAUUUUUGUCUAA